CUCACGUAUACAGUAAGCAGAGGCACAUUUUGUGACGAGUACCACCUUGAGGCUUUCUUAAAGAGGAAAUACUGCAGUGCACCACUUACUGUCUACCAAAUCUGUGAUGUAUGACACACGGCUGAGCAGAGCGUGUGCACAUCAUAGGCUUGUUAUCUACAGUCUCGACUGUAUCUGUCUCUGUUACAAUGCACCACUCAGGGUAAUUACCCUUUGAGAGAGAGAAACGGAAGGAUGAGAGUGAUAGAGAGGGCGAGAGACACACAGACACACAGAGAGAGAGAGAGAGGAGUAAGGGGGGCUCUAUGAGAGGAGAGGCAGAGUUAUUGGAUGAGAGAGCAUAAGGAAGUUAAAGGGAAUAAAAGAGGGCACCGCUGAGAUCCAAGCUGACUGCUCUCUCAGAGCUGAGACGAUAUUCUCUGGGAGUGGCAGCAGCAUCUCGCAGAGGACCUGAAAGAAGACAGUCUGCUCCUCCCCGGGCUGCUCGCUUGCAACUGAGUCCCUGUGUGAUGGCAGUAUGCCAGUCAUGAACAGGUCCGGUUUAUUGAGUAAGGCGGGUUUAAGGAGGCUCCUGCAGUCAGAUGAAGUCUGGACUUUAGCAAGGAAGAGGAACCAAGUGGAACUGGUCCAAGCCGAGCAGGAGAUCCUGCAAUUCGCAGAAUCGAACAAUCCUCCGACCAGUCCGUCUCACAGGUACGCCCGGCAGAGCACCCAGACUCCCCUACGCCUCAUAAACCCAGAAAGAAAAGGUGCCGGCCCCCCGUGUCAGCGUGACCCUGUGAAGACGUCAAAAGGGGGACCUGACGUUAACGACCAAGAUACUCAGAAGAAGGUCCCAGGGUUUUAUGAGGACACCCGCACACCCAAGAGUAUUGAAUCUUGCAGAGGAGAAAGAUUCCAGUACCCAGCUGAAGAGAAUCCGAAACCUGUUUUGAAUAAACAGCAGUUCACACACGACCAUAAACCUAAUCAAGAUUCAGACAUCAGGGUUCACACAGGGUCCAAUGUGUCAUCUGACACACCCCAAGACCUCCAGUCGCACUCCGAAGAAAGCCAUCUCAAACCCAAGGACAGGGAGAACAUAAAGACAAGAACUUUGGUCCACAGCACUAAAACUACAGCUCUUAAUGUAAAAAACAAUCAGAGAUCCAAAAAUUUUCUUUUAUUAAAUAACAACCAUGACAUAUGCAAUGAGGAUUCGAAGGUGCAGUGGAAAUCAUCCGCUUCAUACCAUAAAUCUGACAGAGACUGUAAAUUCCCUGAAACGAGUACGGUUGCAGACGCUCCACUUAUUGGGAGCUUGAUUCUGAAUACAUUAAGUGCCGAUACGAGAAAUGCAGAGGACAGUCCAUACAAGACAGAAGAAAAGGUAUUUUCACAUCACAGCGAACCGCUCACUUGCUCUAAUCCGAAGAAAGACAACAUCAAAGAGAAAAACCCUGACGCAAGUACGUUUUCGGUGGUCUAUGCUGAAAAGUACAUGGUGGUUCCAGAAACUUCUCAGUUUGAGCUUGAUUUUAACAAUAAAGAUGGCGAUGGAUGCAAUUCAGGGCGAACGACUGCCGAGUCUCUCCUCUCAGAGAUCCUCUCUCCUGUAGAUGAGGUUUUGUCAUAUGGAAGCGCAGAACUUCCCUCCGUUAAAGGAGGAGCUGAAUCAGGGCUUUACAGCUACAGCGGUCCACCUCACCCUGCCUUCGAGAUCAUUACAUGGACCAGCGAGGAUGAACUUCCGGCUCCACCUGAAUCUCCAGAAGAUCUCUCUAUUAAUAGCGAGAAUGUUCCUCCUCUUCCUGUAGACUUAAGAAGGACAGAAACUCAUAGACUCGGCAGGGAUAAGGAAAUAGAUGGCGAUGAAGCUAAUGGAGAUCUCAGUACAAGCCUUCCUCCGAGCGUAUGUGAGGACGAUUGCUCGGAGUACACCAGUUCGCUUCCCGAAGAUGUGAAACAUGAAAUCUCAGAUCCUUUGUCCUCCUUUCAGAUUGGAGACAGAGUUCUUGUGUGUAACUCUAGACCCGGCGUGCUGAAAUACAAAGGCCUCACUGCAUUUGCAGAUGGAUUUUGGGCAGGUGUGGCACUGGACACCCCUAAUGGAAACCAUAAUGGCACCUUCAGGGGUGUGAAGUAUUUCAGCUGCGAUAAAUGCCACGGCGUCCUGGUCAGAGCAGAGGACGUCUCUCACAUUCACAGAGAACAUGGUAGUGAUAUAGAGACCAGGGUGGAUGAAGAUCCCUUCUCGGAUGAGGAGCCACCUAGACACGCGGCAAAGACGGCCACGUCAUCAUCAGCAGGUGCAAAAGGAGGAGAUAUAAAUAUGAAAGAUGAUCCGAAGAGCACACAGCAAAAAGAACCCAAGGAAGACAUUUCAAAUGGAGCUAAAAAUCUUUUAUAUACCUCAAAAAUGGCUUUACCAAAAAUUGACACUGAGCUUAUCCAUCAUAAUAAGGAAAACAGGCAUCUUGUGGAUGAUUCCGAUCAUUCAGUUACUCGAUUGACAGAUGAGUCGAGGGAAGAUAUAAUCCGAUGUACUGAAGAUAUCAGAAGGGGACGGAGAAGAACAAAAUCAAUGCAUGAUAAUACACAUAUAAAUACUCAGGAUGCAAGAAAAAAUGAAGAUAGUUAUUUAACACCACGUCUUUUGGAGCAGUGGCAUCAGGCCCCACCCGACAUGCCACUGAAGAUAAAGGUGCAACCUCAUGACGAUCCUGUUGUGUACAGAUUAGUGGAUGCUGCAGUGGACAUUCUAUGUGGUCAAGCAAAUGAUGAUGCACUCGACGGUUGUGAAACACCAAACUAUCUGUUAGAUGACAAAAGUUGCAAAGCUUAUAGGCAGGUCAUCUUUCAGUUAACAUCUGAUGUACUUCAUGACAUUUUGGGUGAUCUUUUAGGGACAAAACAGUCUUAUCACAACAUAUGCAAUGAAUCUGUGAUCUCUGCACUGCCCUCAUGUAACAUUUCAAUCACGUUGUUGAAGGCAGCAGUGAAGAAAGAGAUACAGAAAGCACUAAACUUAGAGCGAAAUGAACAACACAUGACAGAGAUGCUCCAAAAACUGUGCAAAUAUUGGUAUGCCAAGAGAGACAGAGUGGACUAUAUACUGAUUCAGGAAUUACACAAUGAUGAGAGAACUUGGCUAGACUACACAUCUGACCAAUAUACUGUGAAAAUGUGUCUGACUGAAGAGAUUUUCAGCAUUCUUUUGGAUGACACAAUAGUAACCUUAAAUCAUAUGCAUUUUUAAACAUAAAAGACAAAAUCAGACAACAUUUUAAUUAAUUGUUUUUUCCCCUUUUUUUAAUGUCAUCAAAUUCUUUAUAGCAGUUGCAAUAAAUAGGUUAUGCACUUUUUUGAUGUAUUUUUGUUUUAAAAUAAGCUCAAAGAAAUGUUUAAUAAAAUAUUGUAUAAAAUAAAAUGACCAAUGUACGAAAAAUACAGGUAGCUACUUCUAAUCAAAUAUUUGUAACCCCCACCACUUACAUGUGAUUUUGGCUAGAUGUCUUUAUCUUCUCUACUAGGCUAUAUCCAACAAAUUAAAAAUCAUACAACAGCAUCAUAGUCUGUUAAAUUGAUAUUCAAUUUAUUGUAGUACAAAACUAUUUUAAUUGUAAACUAUUAAUAUGAACAUUUCUUAAAGGUAACAUUAUACACUUUCUGUCCUUUCUCUGUAUUUGU